CUAAGCAAUAAAUAAACAAAUCGAUGUUGACAUUUAAAUACCGAAGAUCUCCAGAAUUUACUGGAGAACUUUCUCCGGAUAUAUAAAUACUUCCACAGCACUGCAGAGGAAGAGGGGGAAAAUCCAAAUAUUCCUUCCCUAACGUUUUCGUUUCCCUUCCAUUAGCCUCCAAAGUCCACGGGGGCAUGGAUCUUGAACUACUUCUGAUUUCCUAAGAGCACCGACUUUACAAUAGCCUUUUACAGUUCUGUUUUUCUAUUUUGAUGAAAUCCAGCCGGAACCCAAAUAUUUCUUUUCUGAAAUCGAGCAUCAGAAUAGCAAAAAAAUAUUUUCUCCGAGAGCCUAGGGAUGUCCAUGCCUCAAAAGGUGCUGUAUUCUUUGGCGUAUUUCUCUGUUUUCUUUGGCUCUGCUCGUUCGGUGGGGUGUGCAUUUUUAUUGGCAGAGAAGUACAUUUUAGUCUCUGCCCUGUACAAUCCGCUUUCUAUAUCAUCCCUUUCAUGCAACAAUAGUAAAAGUUUAACCACGAUUUUAAAAUAGGUCUCCCUGGGUCUCAGCCUUCAGCGACGGUGCGAAGCGAAAAGGAAAGUAUCUCGGAACUGCAAGCUUGUUUCUAGGGGUUAACAGUAUGUCAAAUAAUUUUAACUAGGCUUCUGGCAAUUAAACUCUACGUAUUUGUCAAGAUGGGGUAGCCCAAUCUGCACUGGUUUUCCAAGUAUUUGGCGGCAGCGUUGAGGCGGAGAGAUCAGCAAACACCCUUUAGCUCCGUGGUCUGCAAUUUAAAGGGCUUUCUGGCGUUGCGAAUGAGGCAAGGGAUGGUUUGAAGGGGGUGAGGAGGGCGAACCUGCGUCCUGGGAACCCGACAUUGCUAACUACCUCCAGCAAAGCUUGGCUGAAGCCGCGCGGGGUAUUUGAGGUUAAUAUGUAAGUAAGGGAAGGAAGACACUAAGCGCUUCGGAAGUGAACAUGAAUGCAAGCAUGUAAUCUAUUCACCAUGAAAAUCAGUACAGACUUGACCCUGGCACAUUCUUCCUAGUUUCAAGAAAAAUCCUGCGGGGUGAGGGCUUUUUAUUUUUCUUUUUUUUUCUUUUUUUUUUUUUUGGGGGGGGGGGAGGCUGUGGGGGAGGGGGUCUUGAGAACUCAAACCGAUCUAAAACAAACUGGUAAAAAAAGAAAAGGGGGGUGGUGGUGGUGAGAAAUAAACCCCCGGUCGGUUCCUUGAGGAGCGUAUCCUGCUCGGCAGCAGCUCUCCGGCAGAAGCCAUGCCUGGAUCUCUGCUGUGCCCUCCGCCCGGAGCCUGCCGUCUGUCCGCCGAGCGCCCCAGCCCGCACACGGCCAGCGGGAAGGUCUCACCCAGCCCUGGGGGGACCGCUAAGGCUGUGCCCCAGCGCCAGCGGGCGCCUCGGUCCAGGCGGCCCGGCCCGGUGCGGGGCUGCGGCAGUGGCCCGGCGGGUCCGUGUCCCCCGGGGCUCCCCCCCGCGCUCGGCUCGCCCCUGGGAGCCGGCGACGAGCUGUUGCUUCCCCCGCGCCGGCCACAAAGGGAGCGGGGCCCGGACCCGCCGCUCGUCAAUGUCAACGUCGGGCCACGUGACCGCACCUCCCUGCCGCCGCCGGGGAGAGCUUUCCACGUCAGCUUACGUCUCCCCAUCUCUUACUUCACGGAUCUGCUUCAAAGAGGCAGCUGCGUUAGAGAAUCAUGUUAAGCUCAGCUAAUGCGGAGAAGCCGAGGUAGCCCUAAUGAUGGAUUUUGAUGAGCGUGUUCCUUGUUCCUCUAACAUGUAUUUGCCAAGUUGUACUUACUACGUCUCGGGUCCUGAUUUUUCCAGCCUCCCUUCUUUUUUGCCCCAGACCCCGUCUUCUCGCCCUAUGACAUACUCCUACUCCUCCAACCUACCCCAAGUCCAACCUGUGAGAGAAGUUACCUUCAGGGAAUAUGCCAUUGAUCCCUCCAGUAAAUGGCACCCCAGGAACAAUCUGCCCCACUGCUACUCAGCAGAGGAGAUCAUGCACAGAGACUGCCUGCCUGCCACCAACACUGCUAGCAUGGGCGAGAUGUUCGGCAAAAACACAGCUAACGUCUACCACCCCAGCAGCAACGUCUCCUCCAAUUUCUAUAGCACAGUGGGCAGGAACGGGGUCCUACCCCAGGCUUUCGACCAGUUUUUCGAGACGGCUUAUGGCACGGCGGAAAACCUGGCCUCGGCGGACUACCCGGUAGACAAGAGUGGCGAGAAGGCGCCCGCGGCCGCCGGGGCGGCGGCGGCAACUUCAAGUUCGGAGGGCGGCUGCGGCAGGGCGGCGGCGGCGGCGGAGAAGGAGAGGCGGAGGCGGCCGGAGAGCAGCAGCAGCCCCGAGUCAUCUUCCGGCAACAAUGAGGAGAAAUCCGGCAGCUCCAGUGGACAACGUACCCGUAAAAAGAGAUGCCCAUACACCAAAUAUCAGAUUAGGGAGUUAGAAAGGGAAUUCUUCUUCAGCGUCUACAUAAACAAAGAGAAACGCCUCCAGCUCUCCCGAAUGCUCAAUCUGACCGACCGCCAAGUGAAAAUAUGGUUUCAGAACAGAAGAAUGAAAGAAAAAAAAAUUAACAGGGACCGAUUACAAUAUUACUCAGCUAAUCCACUACUUUAAAACUCAUAGCGUUUUUCAAGACGAGAUUAAAUUCAGAUUUCGCCCUUGACAAGGUCAAGCCACGGGGUUACAUGGAGGGAGGAGGUGUGUAUCUGAUGGGACUAGAAGAAUCCAAGGUUUUACAUACAUGUAAAUCUACUCUGGAACUUCAAUGAUGAUUUUAUAUAUAUAUAGAUAUAUUUACAUAUCAACUGGAAUCGAUUUGAUUUUGACACACAUGGCACCCAUUUCGGAACGGGCACGUCACCUCUGAGAGCAAAAUCCAUACCUCUUACCUUUCCAGGCACUGCGGCUCACCCUGCUACCGCUUUCGGGGCGCAUAGGCCGUGAGACAACAUCCCUCCGUCCCCGGACUCGCCCAUUCCCGGCUCUCCUUCGCCCCUGGGCGGCUGCGGACCAGGGUCUGGAGAUUGCCAGGUUGAGCUCACCCACCCAGGACCACUGCAGAAUAGAAACUCUGAGAAAUAACCUUCUGUUCUUCCUUAGUGGAAAAAAUGUCUAGGUUAGAGGCAGUGCUCCACUGCCCAUGGGUUUGAAAGGAGAAUUUGAGGGGACACACACAUAACACCAGGAGGGGGGGAUGACAUGCCUACACCUUCACAAGCCAACCGCGAGCAGUUGUAAUACGGAUGUAGUGAUGGUUCCAAUAGCGUUUCCUUUGGGGGUGUGGGGAGGAAGGGGCUAGGGGGAAGAAAGAGGACUAAAUGAAAGACUUAAUUAUUUACUUAAAAAAAAAAAACCAAAAAAACCCACCAGGUAUAAAUUCGCCAUAUAUCGUAAAGAAACAAUCACUGGGAAAAAAAUUUGCAAAUUUUUAGCUCUCGUUUUAUUUAUGACAACUGACUAUGCGUUGCCAUCUUUUCGGAGACAAAUCAUAUUUAAAUGCUAAAAAUAAAACGGGGGGAGAAGUGUGAAUUUAAGCGUUUUAAAAGAAACAACUCCAUAAAGGAAACUAACCUUCUGGCUUCUGGCUCACAAACUUUCUUCAGGAAAUACCUGUGGAGAACGACAGUUUAGCAAAUACCACACAACACUUAAUUGAAACUUGGAGUUGUGCAAUGCACUAACAUUGGAUCAUUAAAAUAACUCCAUCGCAUGUUCGUUUAAAGGUGACUAGCGAGGAGUUUAAACGGAAGCCAAACAAUGUAAAUAUGGUAAUUUUGUUGUUGUCUACUUUAAAUGUCACGAGCUCUACUUUGUCGCCCAGUCGACGUAUGCAAAGAAUGGAGAGUUGUUCGGACUUAUUUUAAAUAUCUAUAAAUAUAUAUAUAUAUUUCCCUGCAGGAACCAAAGCGUGGAAAAAAAAAAAAAAAAAAAACAGGCAAUUUAAAACAAAAAAGGUAAAAAAAAAAAAAGAAAAUAUUUAAAAUUCUAUAUCAGUUUACAAAGGAUACGGUGUUCUAUCGUUAAGGUAAUUUGCUGUUGAGAAUAUCUGAAUGUAUAUUUCAUACAGGAACGGUGUUUUACAAGACUUGUAAAUACUAAAAAAAGAACCCAUGACCUAUUUUGUUCGAAUGCUUUUCUCCCCCUCCCCUUUUUUUUUUGUGGUGGUGUUGUUCCUUUGGGGCUAAAGGGUGUGGGAUUUCUUUACAUGUGCAACAAAGUGGUGGUAAGAAUGUUUUUUGAUUAGUAAAUUUGCCAAAUGGAUGUAAUUUCUUUGUCACGGUUCACGAAAUGCAGUAUCUUUAUAUGACAUCACUGUUUUCAACAUGUAUCAUCUAUAUGUAUAUACAGUUUUCUUUUAAUAUGCGAAAGUAUUUGGUUGCAUGUAUACAGUGGAACAGCGCACAAGGAAAAUAAAAAAAUAGAAACUUUAUAUUUU